AUAAAUAGUCCAUGUUAUAACUGUUCACAUCUACAGUAAUUACAUUUUUCCUCAUAUAAAUAUACUUCCAACCUUCUCUCUACCGCUCCAACACUUCAAACACAAACAAUUUCUUUUCUCUCUCUCUCUCUCUCUCUCUUCUCUAUGGAGUGGAAAAGGGGUCCCAUAUUAGGCCGGGGUUCCUCCGCCGUGGUGUCUCUCGCCACCACCGCCGCCGCCGCCGACGGCGGCUGUGAUCUAUUUGCUGUUAAAUCAGCUGAUGUUUCUUGUUCCGCGUUGCUGGAGAACGAGCAGUGCUUGCUUUCUCAGCUCUGCUCCCCUUUUGUUGUCAAGUGCUUCGGCUCCGACGUCACGUGCGAGAGAGGUGACGGGCACGUUUACAAUCUUUUCUUGGAGUACGUUCCCGGCGGCACGCUUUCCGAUCUGAUCAGGAACCACGGCGGUUCUCUGGAGGAGGAGGCGAUUCAGUUCUACGCGCGGCAAAUGCUGCUGGGGUUGGAUUAUCUCCACCUCAAGGGAAUGGCGCACUGCGACGUCAAGGGGCAGAACGUACUGAUCGCCGCCGACGGCGGCCUGAAGAUCGCGGAUUUCGGAUGCGCGAAGUGGGCGGAGUGCGGCGGCGGCUCCGCAACGAAAUUUGCCGGAACGCCGGCGUACAUGGCUCCGGAAGUCGCGCGCGGCGAGGAGCAGAGCUUUCCGGCGGACAUAUGGGCUUUGGGGUGCACGGUCAUCGAAAUGGCGACGGGAUCUAACCCCUGGCCGGAGAUGAAGGACCCCGCGUCAGCUCUGUACAGAGUUGCUUACUCCGGCGACACGCCUGAAGUUCCAGACUGGUUUUCCGGCACCGGUAAGGAUUUUGUCGCCAGGUGUUUGAUGAGGGACCCCAGAGAACGGUGGACUGCAGCUGAGCUCUUACUGCAUCCCUUUUUCGAUUCCGUGGGGAAGAAGAACACAGAGUUCGCUAGGAAAUCUCCGACGAGUGUAAUGGAUCAAGGCUUUUGGGAUGCUGUGGAGGUUUCCGAUCCUUCUCCGAAUCCGACGGAUUUUGCAAUGUCGCCGGAAAAUUCUCCGGCGGGUCGGAUCAUGGAUUUGAUCGGGGAUGAAUUUUCUUGGAAUUUGAAUUUCCCCGAGUGGACGGAUGAGGGAGAUUGGGUGACUGUAAGGGGAGAUAAACUCGAAGAAUAUUGUUCGACGAUUGAUCAACAGCAAAUUGAAGAGACGAACCAAGAUAACGAGAGCUUGGUCGAUGAAGAAGGGGUGACUCAAACUUCAAUCGCCAUCGAAGAUUCAUUGUUAAUUAGUUAUGUUAAUGAUGAAAUUAGUGUUAAUGAUUUAAUUAGUAGUUUUGAAGUUAUUCUUUGUGAGAGUUGGAAAGAUGAUGAUUCUGUAUCAACAACUGAAAUGGUUAUGAAUCUUUUUCUGAUAUAUUCAGCUCAAUUCUCUCUC